AUGUUGUUCUUCGCCUUCCUGCUAGAGGUGAUUUGGAUCCUGGCUGCAGAUGGGGGUCAACACUGGACAUACGAGGGACCACAUGGUCAGGACCAUUGGCCAGCCUCUUACCCUGAGUGUGGGAGCAAUGCCCAGUCCCCCAUUGACAUCCAGACAGACAGUGUGACAUUUGACCCUGAGUUGCCUGCUCUCCAGCCCCAUGGAUAUGACCAACCUGGCAUGGAGCCUUUGGAUCUGCACAAUAAUGGUCAUACAGUGCAACUCUCUCUGCCCCCUAGCCUGUAUCUGGGCGGACUUCCCCGAAAAUAUGUAGCUGCCCAGCUCCACCUGCACUGGGGUCAGAAAGGAUCCCCUGGGGGGUCAGAACACCAGAUCAACAGUGAAGCCACAGCUGCCGAGCUCCACAUCGUACAUUAUGACUCUGAUUCCUAUGACAGCUUGAGUGAGGCUGCUCAGAGGCCUCAGGGCCUGGCUGUCCUGGGCAUCCUAAUUGAGGUGGGUGAGACUAAGAAUAUAGCUUACGAACACAUUCUGAGUCACUUGCAUGAAAUCAGGCAUAAAGAUCAGAAGACCUCAGUGCCUCCCUUCAACGUGAGGGAGCUGCUCCCCACAGAGCUUGGGCAGUUCUUCCGUUACAACGGCUCACUCACAACUCCUCCCUGCUACCAAAGUGUGCUCUGGACAGUCUUCAGUCGAAGGGCCCAGAUUUCAAUGGGGCAGCUGGAAAAGCUCCAGGAGACAUUGUUCUCCACAGAAGAAGAACCCUCCAAGCUCCUGGUACAGAACUACCGAGCCCCUCAGCCUCUCAAUCAGCGCACGGUCUUUGCUUCUUUCAUCCAAGUGGGAUCCCUGUAUACCACAGGUGAAAUGCUGAGUCUAGGCGUAGGAAUCUUGGUUGGCUGCCUCUGCCUUCUGCUGGCUGCUUAUUUCAUCGCUAGAAAGAUUCGGAAGAAGAGGCUGGAAAACCGGAAGAGUGUGGUCUUCACCUCAGCACGAGCCACCACUGAGGCAUAG